AUGGAGAAGGUGAUGAACAUUCUGAAACCGAAGGCGAAUCCUCAACAAAUAUUGAGAGAUUGGCAACGCAGGCUUCGCCAAGAGUGUCGAAACAUCGAACGUCAAAUUCGCGAUAUUCAGAGAGAAGAAAAAGCUGUGCAGAAGGCUAUUAAAGAAGCUGCCAAGAGGAAUGACAUUGGCUCUGCAAAGGCACUUGCUACGGAACUUGUGAGAUCGAGGAAAACGGUGAACCGUCUUCAUGAAAAUAAAGCGCAAUUGAAUUCGAUAUCAAUGCACCUUGGUGAAAGUGUUGCGAUUUCUCGUACUGUGGGACAUCUAUCCAAGAGUGCUGAGGUUAUGAAGCUCGUCAAUAACCUCAUGAAGGCUCCUGAAAUGGCUGUGGCUAUGCAAGAGUUCAGCAAAGAAAUGACAAAGGCAGGAGUCAUUGAGGAGAUAGUAAACGAUGCUGUUGACUCGGCAUUAGAUUCUGAGGACAUAGAAGAUGAGAUAGAAGAGGAAGUUGACAAAGUCUUAACGGAAUUAGCGGGUGAGACAGCUGCACAACUUCCCGAAGCUGUGAGGAAACAAAAGGUGAAGCAACCUGCUCAAAGUGCUGCAGAGGAGGAAGAGGCUAUUGCUGAGGGUGUUGAUGACGAGGAGGAAAUGGAAGAAAUUAGGGCCAGACUGGCUAAAGUCAGGUCAUAA